UCUAUCUUUUGAAUUUGGUUGGAGAGUAGAGAGAGAGAGAGAUGAGCAGCAGCAACACGUCGGCUUUCUUGCUGGGAUCUUAUCAAUUCCCCAACCCAUCUAGUCGAUCACGAAUCUCGACCGUUCAUCCCAAGCAAUGGCCCACCGGAACAAGGACCACUCUCUCCUGCUCCCUGGCGAGCGACGACCAUGACGACAACCACAACCAGAAAAAGAAGAAGAUGGCUUUGAGGGGUUUUACGAGAAGAGAGGCGAUGGGACUGGCCUUCUCUUUAGGCCUUCUCGAUGCACUCCGGCCAACGCAGGAGGUCGCCGCAGAAGAGGCGCAGUGCGCACUCACCGUCGCUCCUUCGGGUCUUGCCUUCUGUGACCGAUUCGUCGGGUCCGGACCCGAAGCUACCAAAGGCCAGCUCAUAAAGGCACAUUAUGUUGGGAAGUUGGAGAAUGGGAAAGUAUUUGAUAGCAGCUAUCAACGUGGAAAGCCUUUAACAUUUCGUGUAGGCGUUGGUGAGGUAAUUAAAGGGUGGGAUCAGGGUAUAUUGGGUGGCGAUGGAAUUCCACCCAUGCUUGCUGGUGGGAAACGUACAUUAAAGCUUCCUCCAGAACUUGGAUAUGGUAUCAGAGGUGCAGGGUGCAAAGGAGUUCUCUUUCCUAUGUCAUGACUUAUGAGGACCAACAUCUAUUACUCCAUGAGGCAACAUGCAGAGAAGGUUCCUGUAUCAUUCCUCCAGACUCGGUCCUUCUGUUUGAUGUGGAGUUCAUUGGCUAGGCAUGAAAAGUUUUGGUCUCCUGGCAGAGCUGAGAUCAGAGUCCCGAGAUAUACCUAUUUGGGUGGAAGCUAGUAUCAUUUUUAUCUUUUCUUCUUUCCAUUCUGACAUAACGGUGUUAAAGAAAAUCAAAGAUGGGUGCAUGGUUCACCAUGGUAAAAAGCCUAACCCUGCUAAAUUUGGAACAGCAUAGUCGACUCCCUCCCUUGUGUGUUGUGCUUGCCCCUUGGUAUUCCACAUAUGACCUUCAAGAGGGAAGAGAUGAGGUUAUAGCAACAACCACGCAAAGCAAGCAGAGUCAUCUGGAGGUAUCUCUCUUCUUGCUUCCCAAGAACCUAUUUUCCUGCGGAUGCUUCUUUAUACUUUAGGGCUUUUAUUAAAUAUAAACAGAAGCUGUUCUUUGUA